AAUCUACCGCCUUGCAGAGUCAUGAAACUUGUCUAAUGAAAUAUUUGAGAGAAACUCACCAACUUUUGUAUCAACAACAAACUAUCGAGUUAACACAACCGAAUUCAGCGACGAACACCUAUGGCAUCGCUUUGGUUACAGCUGGUACGUUCGCAGUUCUGUUGGUAUUGGCUAUGUUUCUGGACACGCUGCGUUUCAUCUUGACACAUUCAUCUUCAGGAGUUAAAGCGCACUCUGUAUUUGUAACUGGCGUAUAUCCGGUGAUAUCCCUGGCCACCUACCUGGCUAUCCUGGUACCCAGGGCCCAUCUGUUGUCCGAAGCCGUCACUCAGGGCGCCUUCAUGUCGGGAAUGUACCGGCUGUUCUGCCUGUUCGUGGCCUACUGCGACGGCGAGGCGGAGCUGAUGAAGAGGAUCGAAGUCAGGAGGGUCAGGUGGACGCUUCGAGUGACUCCGUGCUGCUGCUGGCCGUGCUGCACUUUCCUGCCGGAGUUGGAGGCUACUAAAUCAUCAUUGAGAUCACUGAAGCUACUAGUUCUGCAGUUGCCAGUAGUGCAAGGAUUAGCAUAUCUAGUAUUGUUAGUGAUGUGGGCAGAAAGAGAGAGUCUGUAUCAAGUCAACUAUAUAUACCUGCAGCCAGUCAUAAUAAUUUCGAUCUUGGUCGGGAUUUGGUCUAUGACGAUACUGAUGAACGUACUGAAAAGCACACUCGACAAAAGCUAUUCCCUUUCCGGAAAAUUCAUUGUGCUGCAGUUGGUGCUGAUUUUUGCCAAGGUACAGGGACUAGCAACUAGGGCUCUCGUUUGGGUAGACAUGUUGCCUUGCAACCCUCCUAUAACACCGCAAGUUUACGCCAAUCUGCUGCAUAAUGCGUUGAUGCUAUCAGAAAUGGUUCUGUUAGGAGCAAUAGCUAGAUACCUCUACAAGAAGAACAUUCCAGAAAUUGCGACAGAAGAGAUGCAAAUCAGUACCUUAGGAAACAUAAUGAAUAACAACGAUAUUGGCAGAAGUAAUAAAUGGAGUUCUGAAUUGAAAAGAACUGGGAUUGAGAAUGAAGCCGUCGAUAUCACAAACUGAUGAUUUAUUACACAUGCUUAAACGCCAACUACAGUAAAUUAAUGCUUUGUUUGUUUUCUUAUAUUUAUGAAUUGAAGUCAAGUGUGAGGAUUGUUUGAAUAUAUACAUUUUUUGUUCUUCUAAUUGAU